GUCCCGGGGGUAUCCAUGUCCGUGGGUGGGGGUCCGUGCCCCGUGGGUGCCGUGGGCUCCGUGGGCGCCGUGUCCGCCCCCCGCACUACAUUUCCCGUCAGGCCCUGCUCCCGCGCGCCCUUUCCCACAGUGCCCCGCGGGCGGGGCGGGGCGCUCGCUGACGUCACGUCCGGCCCGGAGCCCGCGCCCGCCGCCAUGCUGCGGGCGCUGAGGCGCUGCCGCCCGGCGCUGGGCUUGGGGCCCCCGCUGGGCCCCGUUCCCGGGGCUGUCUGGGGGCCGCGGCUGGUCCCGGCACGGGGCCGCAAGACGCGGCACGAUCCUCCCGCCAAGUCCAAGGCGUCGCGGCUGAAGGUGCCGCCGCCUGUCGACCCCGAGGAGCUGCUGGUGGUCAAGGAGCGGUACCGGCAGCACCGGCUGGUCCUCGGCGCCCUCCGGGCUGAGUUUAGGGCUGAGGUGCUACAGAAGAAGCGGGAGGCACUGCUGGCCCAGGAGGACUCGGCGGAGCUGAGGGAGGAGCACCAGCGCCUGAUGGCUUGGAAUCAGGAGGAGAAUGCCCGGCAGCGGGCACGCAGAGAGGAAAGAAUUAGGAAAGAAGAGGAAGAACAGAAGAGGAAGAAGUUGCGGGUUGCAGAGAACAAGGCCAGGGUGAUGGAGGCUUUCCUGAAGGAGAAGGAGCAGGAGAUUCUGCAACUGCAGGAGGAAGCCAAAACGUUCAUCACCCCUGAGAACCUGGAGGCACGGAUUGAGGAGUGCCUGGACAACCCUCGCAACUACAACUUCGCCAUCGACAAGGACGGGCGGAUCGUCAAACGGACAGUGUUGUCUUAGUGGCAUGGGAUGGAGGGGUGCUGGCCUGGUUUCUGUCCAGAGGCACCAGCCAGUUUCUUCUUUUUAAUGAAUAAAUUGACCACGGAACUGGUGGAGGAA